AUGAAACUUUUUUAUUUAAUAUUUAUUAUAUUUAUAUUUAAAUGUGUAAAUUCGAUAUGUCCAUCAAAUUUUUAUUAUAAUUCAAAUGAUUCGGUAUGUUUAGGGAGAACAUCAGGUAUUAAAACUUUAUAUUUUUCAGAGUGUUUAUAUAGUGGAUAUUCAGUUUAUUUUAUUGAUCAAACUUCUAUUAAUGAAGUAUCAAGUACUUCUUCGAAUUUUUGGAAAAAUCCAUUAAAUGUUUUUGGUGUUGAUCUUAAUCAAGAACAUUCCAGCUCAUAUUGUCCAGCUCUUUCAAAACCUUUGAAUGGAAUGAGAUCGUUUGCUGAUAUAUCCGACAUAGAAAUUGUAAAGAAUAAGUAUUUGGUCUAUUCUCAGUGUGCUUCAGCAACUCGAUCAAAGAUUGGUAUUAAAUCGACAAAUAAUCCAGAUGAAAAAGUAGAGUCUGCAUGUAUAUUCGCAUCACAAUCGACCACCAUUGAAAAGACUCCUCCAUUCUCCAAUGUUAUCGAACUGAGUAAACCUUGUCUGUCAACCUAUGUAUGUGGUGGAUCAUCCUCUAUUUACUCUGAAUUCCAAACACUAGUCAAUUCCGAAUGCAACGAUAUAUUUUUUAAUUGCAGUAAAUACAAUACCGAUAAAGAGACAUUUACAUUACUCUACAACCAAACUUUUUACAUUGGAACACCAACGAAUUUCUCAUCAACUUGUCCAGAUCUAUGUCUUCAUGGAAAAUGUAAUAGCAAAGGUCAAUGUGAUUGUUAUGAUCUAUUUGCAGGACCUACAUGUAAUAGAUGUGCAGAUGGUUAUGAAUUUAAAAAUAAUCAGUGUGUUGAUAUAAAUGAAUGUUCAAAUACUACAAUUUGUAACUCUGAGAAUUCUGUUUGUGCAAAUACCGUUGGAAGCUAUACUUGUCAAUGUAAACUUGGAUAUGUACCUAAAGAUAGUUUUACUUGUAUAGAUGAAGAUGAAUGUAAAACCCAAAAACCAUGUGGUAAUGGAACUUGUAUAAAUAGUUAUGGUGGAUAUCGUUGUGAUUGUCCCGAUGGUUUUAAAUUUAUGAACCAACAAUGUGUAGAUAUUGAUGAAUGCACUACAAUUCCCAAUAUAUGUCCAAACUAUUAUAGUUGUGUUAAUACUAUUGGUUCAUUUAAUUGUUUUUGUCCACCAGAAAAUUUAAAAUAUUGCCAAGAAAUUGGAAAAAGAAGUUGUAAUAAUAUUGUUUUGAAAAAAGCUAAUAUUUUAACUUGUCAAGUUAAUCCAGAUUUUUUGGAUAGUGAAAAUGUUAUUAUUGUGAUAAAUGGUGUAAAGAAAAUUGUUGCAAAAUUCAAAGCUCCCUAUAUAAAUAGUACUACAAGAGUACCUACAUCAGGUGGAAUUGUUUCGCUUAAUGUUAGUGGAAUACAUGACUUUGAUAAUACUUGGGUUCUAAUAGAUUCAAAGAAUUGUACCAACCUAACAGUGAUAAACGAAAAUUAUUUGCAAUGUCUUAUUAGUCUAGGUACUGGUUCACAUUCCAUCUCUCUUGUAUCACUCGGACAAUUCUCAACAGAUAAUCAAAGUUUUUAUUAUCUACCCCCUUCAAUUAAUGAAACAUCUACUAUCACACAAAGUGGUGGAUUAUUAACGAUUUACGGUGACAAUUUUGGAAAUAUAACCAGUGAUAUCUCAAUUUUCAUUGGAAGCAAUUCAUGCUCAAAUAUUUCAUUAAUCACACCUCAUAAAUCACUUUCAUGUUGGGUUGCCGCAAAUAAUUUUUACAAAGAUAUUUUAUAUGUCUCUGUAUCAAAUCAAAGAUCUGAUGAUUUUAUAUUAUUUAUAGAUCCAAGUUAUGAUUGUGAUAACACUACAUGUUAUAAUAAUGGAUUCUGUAAUAGUGGAAUAUGCUUUUGUAAUGAGAAUUGGACUGGACCGUAUUGUAAUAUAAGUUCAAACAAUAUUGAUACCAAUGUUUCUCUGUCACUCUCCGAUUAUUCGCCGCAUACUCAAAUCAUAACGGAAUCUCUUUCGACAUUCAAUCUGAAUAUCAAAGAGAUCAGAGAAAUGUCUGCAAGCAAAUCAAUAGUUCAGAGAUAUGAUCUCAACAAGAUGAGUUGGACAAUGGUGUCUCUAUCGAAAGAACAAUGGGUUUACAACUUGACGAUGCCAAAUCUUGCGAAUCUCACCGUUGACAUUGAAUUCUCAAACGAAACGAAACACUUUAAUUUCGGUGAUCAACAACUUCGCAAGAGUAAAGGUUCACUGAAAUACACCAUUUCCAUAGAUCAUUGGCCAUUCUCUAAUCGCAGCAAUCAUCUCGAGCUUAUAUUAACUAGCGAUGCAAUUCAGAGAGAUAUCAAUGAUAAAUGUUAUUCAUCAUCGCUACUCUACACUAAAUUUGGUUUCAACAAUAAAUUCAACCCAAGACCAACCACCAAUGUAGCCACCAACGAUGAUCAAAGAAGUGAAGUACUAUGGUUCAAAACCUACACUGGAUGGUCAACUCUGUUUGCCAAAUUCUUUAACAAAGCUAUAUUGGAUGGAAAGAUGAAGAGUAUAAGAUUCGCAUCGAUUAAAAACAAUGACUCACCAAGUGUUGACAUUGCACUCAUCAUACCGUACUUCAAGAGAACCUGUAUAGUCGAUCCUGAUUACUCGGUGCUAGUAAACGCGAAUCCACCUACACCCAAAUGUUCAAAUGUAUCCGACGACAAUGUUGUUUUGGCAGCAUCUCUUGCUAUACUUGCUGUUUUCGCAGUGGCAUCUAUUAGUAGUAUUGCAUUCUAUAUCAUCAGAGUUAGAAAGAGAUCUAAUAUACCAAAUAUUGAUGGUGCAACAAAAUCACCUUAA